CCGCUAAUUAGCAGCCCUCACCGAUCACUACGAUCGCCUGAGGUCAACCCUGCCACCCUGGGGGUCAAUCACUCCGGGUCACCUUGGGGUCACUCCGGCCACCCGGGGAUAAUCACCAUGGGUCACUUUGGUCGCCAUGGGGUCAAUACCUUGGGUCAACUUGGGGUCACUCCGGCCACCCCGGAGUCAAAUACCUUGGGUCACCGAACCCAACUCGGGGUCACUCCAGCCACCCCGGGGAUAAAUACCUUGGGUCACCUAGCCCACCCCGGGGUCACUCCGGCCACCCGGGGUCAAAUACCUUGGGUCACCUUGGGGUCGCUUGGGCCACCCGGGGUCAAUCACUUUGGGUCACCUAGCCCACCUUGGGGUCACUCUGGCCACCUGGGGUCAAUCAUCCUAAGUCACCUUGGUGCCACUCCGGCCACCCCGGUGUCAAAUACCUUGGGUCACCUUGCCCACCCCUGGGUCAUUUCGGUCACCAGGGGUCAAUCACCCUGGGUCACCUUGGGGUGGGAUCAAAUACCUUGGGUCACCUAGUCCACUCAGGGAUCACUUCGGCAACCCGGGGUCAAAUACCUUGUGUCACCUUGAGGUCACUCCAGCCACCAGGGGUCAAUCACCCUGGGUCACCUUGGGGUGGGGUCAAAUACCUUGGGUCACCUAGUCCACUCAGGGUUCACUUCGGCCACCCGGGGUCAAAUACCUUGGGGUCACUCCCCCCCCCCCCCCCCCCCCCCCGGGGGGGUCAAUCAACUUGGGUCACCCAUCCCACCUUGGGUCACUCUGGCCAGCCGGGGUCAAUCACCUAGGUCGCCUUCGGGUCUCUCCGGCCACCCCGGGGUCAAAUAUCUUGGGUCACCUAGCCCACCCCGGAGUCAAUCACCUUGGGUCACCUUGGGGUCACCCCGACCACCCUGGGGUCAAAUAACUUGGGUCACCUUGUGGUCACUCCGGCCACCCCGUGAUCAAAUACCUUGGGUCACCUAGCCCACCCCGGGGUCACUUCGACCACCCUGGGGUCAAAUACCUUGGAUUACCUUGGGGUCACUCCGGCCACCCGGGGUCAAAUACUUUGGGCCAACUUGUCACUCUGGCCACCCGGGGUCAAUCACCCUGGGUCACCUUGCGGUCUCUCCGGCCUUCCCGGGGUCAAAUACCUUGGUUCACCUAGCCACCCCGGGGUCACUUCGCCCACCCGCGGUCAAUCACAGAGGGGUCAACUUGGGGUCACUCCGGCCACCCCAUGGUCAAAUACCUUGGGUCACCUUGGGGUCACUAAGGCAACUCCGGGAUCAAAUACCUUGGGCCACCUAGCCCACCCCGGGGUCAAAUACCUUGGGUCACCUUGGGGUUACUCCGGCCACCCGGGGUCAAUCACCCUGGGUCGCCUUGGGAUCACUCCGGCCACCCCGUGUCAAUUACCUCGGGUCACCUACCCCACCCUGGGGUCACUCCAGUCACCUGGGGUCAAUUACCUCGGGUCACCCCUGUGGUCAACUACCCCGGAUCACCUUGACUAUCUUGGGUUCUCCGCCCACCCCAGGUCACCUUGACCUUUAGCCACGUGCCCUCGCAACGUGUCCUCCCGCCACACUACUAAGCUCCUGAAGGAGACACGUACUCCCUUAAUGUUCGCUCGGGGGCCUCUAUAAAAGGCCACUUCGUCUCCAGAUUGAGGUAAGCAAAAAUCCUCAUGCCUAGACUCGUGAACUUGCGCUAUGAUUAGCACAGAUAUUCAUUCUCAACUCCAUUCCCUCAUCUUUUUUUCGAGUUCAUAUUCCUUUCCAUUCAACCCACUCACUAACAUCACGUGCUGAAAGGUGGCCGUCGACCGACUCUAGUGCCCAGCAUAAAAAAACUCGACGUCGGCUACAACCCCGACGGGGCUAAAAGGCCAUUUUAGCCAUUUAACACCCCGAGUUGUGGUUAACCUUGGUCCUGCGACUAAGUGCAUGUCAGCCAUCCAAAAUCAUUUAAAUCUAGUGGCUCUAAAUAUUAAAUAAUCUAAUUUAAUAUAGGGUAGAGUGGUAAUUUUAUAUUUUAUUUAUUUAACUAUUAAAAAAAUGUAAUUGAAACCUCCUGCCUCCCUUCCGUCCCGCCGGUCAGUGAUUCCUAUGCGCCUUCGUCGGGCAGGAUUUUUGCUGGCGUCCCACCUUGCUUCUGUGACCAGGGAAAUAUUGUCCCAGAGAGAGAGGUGGCUGGGAAUUUUCCCAUAUUUCCUUGGCCACAGUGAGAGAGAUAUUUUCUGACAACGUUUUUUGGCGAUGGAGGAGGCUUCCCGGUGACCGGAGACGACGGAUUAGAAUUUUCUGGCGCCAGUGCUAGUUUUGUGAUGUUUGUCAACCUACUUUGUAAUGUUUAAAAGUCUGGUUUGUCAUGUUUAUAUCAUUUUUGGUUUGUAUUGUUUGUCCGUUUUAUCUAUUAUGUUUGUAAUAUUUAUAUAAAUUUGUAUAUAUUGUAAUUUGUAAUGUUUGGUUGUCUAGUUUGUAUACUUUAUGUAAUGAUUUAUAUACUUUCUAUUCAUUAAUUUGUCAUACAAGUUUACUUAUUUGUAUAUUAAGUAGUGAUAUUUUGUAUUGUUAUUGUGGUUUGUAAUGCUUGUUAGGUUCUUUUGUAAUGUUUGUAAGCUUUGUUAUUUUUGACCAACAUGUUUGUCAUUUUUUGUCAACCAUGUUUGUAAUGUUUUUUAUGUAUAAAAAAACAACGUGGUUGACUUUUGGACGGAACUCCUCUAUAUAGAGAUGGAGGCUCCAAAGUCAGCCCGAGUGUUUUUUUCAUUUUAUAUGGUUUGUCGAUCUAGUUUGUCAUUUUUGUCCACUAUGUUUGUAAUGUCUGUAUAUCUAGAAAACAACCAUGUUGACUUUGGAACAGAACCCCUCUAUAUAGUAUAGGGAUGGAGCCUCAAAAGUCAACCGGGUUGUUUUUUAUUUUGUAUGGUUUGUCGGUCUAGUUUGUAUGGUUUGUAUAGUUCGUAUGUUUUGUAUUGUUUGUAAAUCUGUUUAUAUGUUUUGUAUUGUUCUAGUUUGUAUUUGUUUGUAUGGUUUGUACUAUUUGUAAGUCUGGUUUGUAUACUUCGUCAUUUUUCAUAAUACCCAAAAUUAUCUCUAUCGUUAAUUAAAAAGCCCUUCUCACUUUUUGACUGUAAUAUUGGAGUGUCCAUAUCUAAGGGCUGGGAGGGGUUUACUCAAGUGACUUAGCACCCCCCUUAGUCACUUGAUCCACCCUCGAUGUCCGACGAGGUUAAAUUGUGGAGCUAUAACUGUAACUUCGGAAUCUCCAGGUUGCAUUAUAGUGUACUAAACAUUUAUUUAAACGUUUAGUGGUGUUCAAACGGAGUGGUUACAAUAGUAACAAUUUUAAUUUUUAGGAUUUCAUAUAAUUUGGUUGGUUCGGUUUAGUUAAAUUUUUAGUUUGUUUGGUUAGCUCAUUUGGUUUACGUAAAUGAAAACGUUUCCUUUUUUUUGAACACUAUUAUUUAAACGUUUAGUGGUGUUCAAACUGAGUGGUUACAAAGCGAGAGCGAGCGCCAGAGCAUCAAACCAUCGAUUUCUCAAAAAUUCAAUACUAAAAAGGCGAAUAAAUAUUAUAUUAUUUUCAUUAAUAAUUUAUUUUCCCCCUCAAAAUAUUAGAUAAAACAUUAGCAAUAUUAUCACAAUUUACUUCCAUAAAUUAGAGUUUAAUAUUUACGUAAAUGAAAACGUUUCCUAUUUUUUUUAAAACACUAUUAGUUUCAUUUCAUCAUUUAAUUAAUUUAUUGGUAAAAUGAGAAAAUAGUAAAGUUUUGCCUAACAAAAUGAGAAAAUAAAAGAUAUUGGUACCCCUUCUUUCAAUUCUAUCCCCAUUUAUACCCCAGUUCAAGCUUGACGAAGAAAAAGAAUCCCAACCUUCUCUCUUUCCUCCCCAAUCUUGAUUCCCAACUCCAUCGUCCCCUCUUUAUCCAAUGAUUCCUAAUCGACAGCAAACUAUGAUUCGGGCCCAAAUGUACACAUUUUACCCUUUGAUUUCUUAUUCGUUUAGCUUAGUAUUUGAUUGUUCCUCAACGUAUUUCACCCUAAGUUGUGCUUGUUUUGAUACAUUUCACGUCCUAACACGUGUGGAAGGGUCGAGGUCAAAUUUUGGGAUAAUUGGAGUUCAAAAAGAGCAAAAACCGAAGAAAAGUCUGAAGCCCGUAAAAGUGAAGUGCAGGCGUCUAGGAAGCAGCCGUAGUUCACGGUCAAUCAAGGGAGUUCACGGUCUCCUAAGACCGUGAACUGGAGCCACAAACCGUGAACAUCGAGCAGUCUAGCGAAGCUUCGGAGGUUACUAACGCCAAUGGAGUUCACGGUCGCUAAGACCGUGAACUGAGGCCAAUGACCGUGAACAACAGAAGCGGAGCGGUGCGUUUUGGAGACGACACUGAGUUCACGGGCGCGUUUAGGUGUUCACGACCGUGAACUGGCCAACGCGUUCGUGAACUAGUCACUUUCGGGCAAAUAUGAAGACAACAGCAGGGAGAGAGAAAGGAAAGUUGGUUUUUGGAGAGAAAUUCAAUUCCCUCUCUAGGGUUUGCCCAAAAACACCAAAGGAGAGUUCUAGUAAGAGAGAGAGAAAGAGAGUACUAGAGUGACCUUGGAGCAUCAUUGGAGGCUCGGGUGGAUCUUGAAGACAAGGAUUCAAGCCUAGAAGAAGAAGAAGAUCUUGAGUUCAAAUUUGUAAUCCCUUUCCCUCCCUCUCUCUCUCUCUCUCUCUAUAAGAAGAAGAAGAAGAAGAUCUUGGGUUUUGUAGAUCCUUACUAAUCUACAAAAUACUAUAAGGCAAUGUCAAAAACAACCUUUGCCACAUCAUCCGUUGCUGAAACGGCCGUACAGUUCGGAGGGCCUUUAUGGACAUUUCCCAUCCAUCUCUUCCUCGCUAGCUGUCUUCCCAUAUUCUUCGAUUUUUUUUUCUUUUUUUUUCUGGAGAAACCAGAAAAAGCGAUUUCUCUCUCACCUCUAUGAAUACUCUCUCGCCGCCUCUGUUCAGCUCGCAACCACUCCGACGUUCCUCUUUGACACACCGAAUCUGAAUUAAAAAUUCUCCACAGUAGGCCUCUUUGUUCUUCCUCAAUCUUCGUUGUAUUUGCUUUCAAAUUUGGUCUGGCUUGCAAUCCCCCAGAAAAAAAUCCCAACUCCUCUUUGUCUCGCCGUCUUCCUUUAGCCGCCUCUGCUGACAACAGGUCAGACGUUCCUUUUGAUACACUGCAUCUGAAUUUGAAAUCCCCCAUAGUAGGCCUCUUCGUUCUUCCUGGAUCGUAGUUGUGUUUGUAGCCAUCUGCUCUGUCUUGCCCACAAAAAAUGUCCUGGCUCCUCUCCGCCUCGCCGUUUGUGCAAUUUGCCCUCUUCUUUUGCAUUUUCAAUGGCAAAUCUAUCCAUUAGCUAAUUAACCGGUUCCAAUCAUUUAUUGAGAAAUCAAAAUCAUAUUCGGUCAAUACAAUCUAGAAGUUGGGUGAGAUAUAUGGGAGAAGAAAAAUCUGGAAUUGUUGGGAAGAGGAAGAACCCAGAAUGUUGAAAGAGGGAGGAGAUAGAAGAAGAAGUUUCUAGAGAAGGAAGGAAGAAGGAAGAAAUAAAUAAAUAAAAUCUUUAUUUAGAUUUUUUUUCCGUUGUAUCGGUUUAGUGUUAUAAAAAGGGGUCUUGGGUUUGUGACGUGUUGUAAGCGGAGUGAGAAACAAAAGGAUUAGAGAAGUGAUAGGAAAGUUAGAAUAGAGAGGGAAGAAAGAGAGAGACGUGAGAAUUGAGGGUAGGUGGUCCUAGAGAAGAUUGAGUGUGGUGAGAGUAGUGUGAACUUGAGAGAGUGGCUAUGGUGUGGUGAGGUUUAUUGUAGUGAAUGUGAGCUUAAGUUGUUAAUUUACAAGUUGGUUUGUAAAGUUUGUUAGAAUUAUAUUUUCAGUCAUCACACUUUGUAAGUACUAUUUCAAAGCAUAUGUGAUCCAGUAAAACUCUACAUCAUUUGUGCUUAGUCUUCCGACGAUUUCAUAUUGCAUCAAUCAAUUCCCUUCAUAAAAUUAGUCCUACUGUUGCAUGUUAUAUGGGAUUAAGAGACAAUUUCUCGGUGAGGUUUCCCUGAUUUCAACAAUGUUAUCGAAGUGUCUCCACGAUGACACUUUCUGGCCCUAUAGAUCUUCCAUUCAAUUCUAACUAUGCUACUACUCAAUUUAAAAUACUCAUUUUGUUCUUAGUUUGUUGUUGUCCUGUGAUUGGACGUCAUAUACGUAAGGAAAUUAUAGUUUAUUUGAUUUGUGUUCCCUUCUGUCUUUUGUUAGGGAAAGGAAGGGAAAUCAAUCUAUGUCUCACUUGAAGGUCCGAUAGUAGCUGAAGUUGACAUGGAGAGGGUGUGUUUUGAGGGUGGUAGGUGAAAUUGAAUAUUGUUUGUAUUGAUUUGAAGUUACCAUUUUUUUUAGUUGUCUACUUCUUAUUGAUAGUUAUUGACAAGUUGAAGCCCGCCUCACUUGGCGUGGAUUGCUAUAUUGCGACUUUAGCAAGGAUGAGAAGAAAGUUCCUAUUGGUGGUACGAUGGAUGUAUCAAGUGCGUUUUGUUUUAGUCUCCGGUAUGUCACUCUUUGCCUUUUACUUAUCUUUAGCUGUUUGAAGUUUGCUUACAUGAGUUGUACAUCAUCAGUGAUUCAUCAAACCACUUUGUGGAGAACUUUUAUGAAAUUUUUCUACAGAUACUUAUGAUUUUGCUUGAAUUCUACAACUGCGAUUUUGUUUCGAAUAAGUUCUAAUUUACCUAAUAACAAUUUUUUUUGUGUUAAAUUAAAAAAAAACUGUUUACGGUUGAAGGAAAGUGAUUCAAGUACGUCCUAAUUGGUGCUACAUGGGGUGUGUUGUAUGCCCUCACAAGGUGGAAUGAGAUUUGGAAGAGUACUUUUGUGGAUACUGUAAUAUGAUUUCUUCCAUGGCUAAAGCCAAGUAAGCUUAUAAGCUGAUUCUUGCUUUGUACAUUUUGUAAUCUGCAUAGUUUGUUCUUUCAUUUUUAUAGAAAAGUAGGAUUUGGUUGCACAUUAUGGAUGAUGCAUACAUAUUUAUGACAUUGUUGAAUUUUGUUUCAAUUUCACCAUAGGUUUAGAGUCAAACUCCAAUUGCAGGAUGAUACUGAAGAAGCUUAUUUUCCAUUUAGAGCUUGAAGGUUUGCGCUUUUUUCGUAGUGAUGGCUGAUGUGUUAUUCCAUUUAAAUCAGAGGAAGAAAGAACUCAUUCCGUUUUCAGAUCCAACAAAUGUUGACAUGACACACAAACUUCAUUUUAAACUUACUCAGUUCAACUUCUUGAACCCACAAGUUGAGUAUUAAGUGGUUAGCAUUGAUCAUGAUCCACUUCAGGUAGGUGAUGAACACUUCAGCUGCACAUCAUCUCAGUUUAACCUAAAGGAUACAAGAUUAUUUUCGUGCUUUACAGCUCUAUUAUUAAUGUAAUUUGAUUGCAACAACUGAUUGUGACUCCAAGUCCUGUGGACAUUGGAGGAACAACAUUUUCCGGGCCAAAAAGAAAACAUGUUGACUACUGUGACCUUGAGGAGGAAUAGUAUUGUGUGGAAACUUUGUGUAGUUAAGAGCCAUGAUGUGAAGCUUCUAAUCAAUAUUUUGUUUUCAU